CAUUCCCUGUACCUGUCACCAAGCAACUGGUAACGUCAUUAUUUCUGUCAUUACUUCUGUAUCCCCGUAGUCGUAAUAAUCUUCCAGGCCGGCUGAAGUCGUACAAAGUCGGAGAACGUCUUUACCACAUACCACUACUAGGCCAUUUGUAUAAAAUAUCUGUAAAAUGGAUAAAGACGAACUGGUGCAGCGAGCUAAACUUGCAGAGCAGGCCGAGAGGUAUGACGAUAUGGCUGCAGCGAUGAAACAAGUUACUGAAAUGGGUGUGGAAUUAAGCAAUGAAGAGAGAAAUUUGCUGUCUGUUGCAUAUAAGAAUGUUGUAGGGGCAAGAAGAAGUUCCUGGAGAGUUAUUUCCAGUAUAGAACAGAAAACUGAAGGGAGUGAAAGAAAACAACAAAUGGCCAAAGAAUACCGUGAAAAAGUUGAAAAAGAAUUAAGAGAAAUAUGCUACGAUGUUUUGGGUCUUUUAGAUAAGUACCUGAUUCCUAAAGCUAGCAAUGCAGAAAGUAAAGUUUUCUACCUAAAGAUGAAAGGGGACUAUUAUAGGUAUCUGGCUGAAGUUGCAACAGGGGAUCAGAGAAACAGUGUGAUUGAGGAAUCUCAGAAAGCUUACCAGGAGGCUUUUGAUAUUACAAAGAGUAAAAUGCAGCCAACACAUCCUAUUCGUCUGGGUCUGGCAUUGAACUUUUCAGUGUUUUAUUAUGAAAUUCUGAAUGCUCCUGAUCGAGCCUGUCAUUUGGCUAAACAGGCAUUUGAUGAUGCUAUUGCUGAAUUAGACACACUGAAUGAAGAUUCCUACAAAGACAGCACGUUAAUUAUGCAGCUUUUGAGGGAUAACCUGACAUUAUGGACGUCAGAUACCCAAGGUGAUGGAGAGGAAACCACAGAAACUCAAGAUAAUUAAUCCCAUUUGGACUGAGCAUUCCCUUAUCUGCCAUAUCUUAAGCCUAAAAGACAAAGCCUUUUAUUGUUAUAACUUGCACACCACCAUUUCUGAAUUAAAAUUUCAGAUUUAAUAGUGUUGGAACUUGUCAAAUCUUCAGAAUAAAUAAUUUCCCUGUGGUUAUAUUUGUUAUUUUUAAUACUAAGUGGUUCAACUAAGCAUGUGUUCUUAGUCUUACUAAAAGCACUUUUGUGUGCUUGUUGUAUAUUGUAUUCUUUCAACAGCUUGUCUUUACUUGUGAACUUCCAAGAGGACAUUAAAUCACAGGGAAGUAACAGAUCAGUUAUUUGUAGUCUUGUUAUGCUAAUCAAUUCAUUUUAGAUUAUUGGUAAGCCAAAACAGUUUUCAGUCUAAUGCCUUUUUCUUUUGUGUUGUAAGUUUGUGUAAAGAUUAGGUAAGUUAUUAAAAUGCACUGAAAAAAUGGAUCUGUUAAAAGAUUCACCAGAAUUUGAAAAAUGUAGUUUUGUUUAGGCCUAAAUUGUUAGUAGUAUUUUUUGUAAGAUGGUGUGUUUUAAAGUUGUUGUAUAGUCUUGUUAGUUUUGUUUCGAACUCUGCUAACUACUGUGCACAAUCAGCAUUAAAGCAUCUCUGGCAUUUAGGCAAUACUAAAAAGUGACUCUUUCCUACAGACAGGUGACUCGUCUUUCUCAUUCAGCUUUGUAGUACGUGGGUCUUCUGCUCUUCCAAUACGAUUGUCUGUAAUCCUGCUCAUUACAUGAUGUAUGGACAAACGUGUCACCUGUCUUUUGUGCAUGCAUCUUUUAUAUUCUCUUCAGUAACAAUUGAGUUGUAUAGAAAUAAAACUGUGUAGGAAUCUAGUUUUUGUUUUCUAAUUAUCAGUAGUACAAAAAGAACAACACUAAUAGUAAACAGCUUGAGCUUUAAACUUUUCCAGAAGGAAAUCUGUAACUAAACUAUUUAAAUAUAUUACAGGAGUUUUAAGAAUUAAACAAUGUUGGUAUGGUAGGAAGCUCAUGCAUAGAUUUAAACAGUUUAGUCUUAGUUUAAUAAAAACUUGGAGUAUAGAUGCUUACAUCUUCAAUGUAGUAUGUAUUGUCCUCCUUUGAAGAACCUAUAAAGUUGCAAUUUUCCCAUCAACAUUAAUAUUUUGAAAUGAUUCUUGGGUUCAUAAGUGGCCAUUAUCUGUAAUUAGUGUUAUAAGCUAUUGAAUUAUUAAAAGCAUUUCUUUGAUCAGAAAGCAGAGUUACAAAAAUUGGGUUUUUUAUUUUAGAUAUAUUUCUAAAACAUUGUUUACUAUUAAUAUACUUAAAUACAACCACUGUGAUGUAGGAAUUUUUCAAUAUUGUACUAUCUCUAAUUAAACUGAUUUUUGGACUUAAUGACAAAAGUGUCUAAAAUAAAAGUAUAAAAAUUGAAUUAAAAAAGGGCAUUUUUAUUAGAAUAUUUACAUGCAUAUACAUUAAGUAACAAUAAACAAUUUAAUAUAGAAAUUCAAGUAAUUAAUGCAAAGCAUAAAUGUAGUAAGAAAAACCAUUUUUUUUAUUCUUUAUCUCAUACCACAAAUAGUUUUAGUGCCUAGCUUUUUACUGAACUUUGCUAAUAAAUCUUUUAAUAUAUAAAAGUAACUGAAAUUUUUUCCAGUUUGCCCCUGAAGAAGAAAGGUCCACCUUUCAAAAGUGCUCAGGUUAUUUUGUUUUUAUUCAUUUCUAUCAAGAUUUCUUGAACCUACAUGUUUUUCUAACAUCAUGAAAUUUUGACUGAUAGUUUCAGAAUACUUUUCAGAUCCUUAUCUUUUCUUAUGAUUUGAAAGAAAAUGUUUUAUAGGAUUUUAGUACAUUUUCUUGAAUAAUGGUAAAGGCAUCCAUUGUCAUUUUUAAUAAAAUUGAAGUAGUUGAAAAUUUGUGAUCUGGUGUUUGGUUUAUUAUUAUUUAACGACAUUUUAGGGUAGUACUUUUACAUUUUUUUGUUUCUCUAAAAAUGUUUUUAGAGAAAUUGUUUUAUGGUAUUGUUUACUGUUGUUCAUAGUUUUUCUGUUUGAAGAUGCUGGUCAUGGAGAGAAUUGUAUUUUGUCUGUGUAUAGAAAUAACAGUAAAUUUUAUGAUUAUGCCAUGAGAGAGAGAUUAAACUGAAUAAUGUUUUGAGAUUCUAGUCUUAUUUAGAAAAUUGAUUCAAUUGCUUGUGUGUCAUUGUUUAGCGUAAUGAUGAAUUUCAUAACACUUAAGUAGCCAUUCUAAUUUUAUGUUUUUAUUUCCUGAUUUAUAAUUCUAAUAUUUAGAGUAGUAUUGACUUGUGUUACAUUAGAUAAAUUACCAACUUCAUAUUUAUUUAAAUACAGGAAGAAAAAAGAGGAGCUUGAACUUCCAAAUCAUUCUCUUAUUUAUGGGAAGGCUGUUUAAAUAAUAAUUGCUUUCUGCUGAAAAGCCUAGCAUGGGAGGAGUUUUGCAUUUAACAUUUGUACAAUCCCCAUUCACUGUUAAAAUAAAUAGAAUUUUUUCUUUUUAAGAUAAAAAAAUUAUGAACAUUUAAAAAUUAGUUUUUGAAACUCCAGCAAAAUUGACUUGAUUUGCAUCCAAUUCUAAGCAUCAGAAAACCGAUAUAAAAACCAGUUGUUGUCUUAUAAAUUGUAAAGUCUGUUUGGGAAUUAAAGAGAAAAAAGAGUA